CUUCUUAAAGCCUCAACCUGCGCCAAAACUAUCAAUCAGCUUAUAAGACUUCGCUACUCUGUUCCACAGACGACGAGGCCGGGAAAUAGAACAAGUUUGGUAGGUAGGGCACAAUGUUUUUCUCAAUUUUGCUAUAAAGAUCAAACCGAUAGCAGUGAACCGAGUAAAAUCCCCUUACGGAAAAAAUACCAUUCGUCGCUUUUAAAGGGAGUGCUGCAGUAGUGGUCAGCUUGUUAAGUGAAACACAAUAUUUUCCCAGUUAUUUAAGUAAAUACUGAUCACAUAAUGUAACUGUGAUCUCAACUACAAUUAAUCAGUUUUUCAACUUGACAAACAGGGUUUGAAGCCAAUGUGGCCGCAGAUCUACUUGCGUUUGUGCGAAAUUUAUUAUGAGAUAAGGUUAUAUGAAGUUGACGUAUUCUAUAUAAUUGACAAGGGGGAAACCAGAGCACACAAAUUAAAGAAAGACUUCGCUGAAUCUCAGCUUGAAAAGGGACUUUUGAGAAUGCACAAACAAAACGAUAAUGCCUGUAGAAGUGAGAGCCUAAUGAAAACCUUCAGGCUUCGUACAAGCCUCAAGCCUCAAGGUUACCAUCUCAUAAUUUUCGUUCAAUUUUAGAAAAUGGCAGAAGAAGACAUUAAGAAACAACUGGCUGAGAAAACUGCCGAGGCAGCUUCUUUGAAAGAAGAUCUAUCAAAGAAAGCUGCCGAAGUUACUAGUCUGCAAACACAAUGUGACGAAUUACGGCAAAAAUUGGAGCAGGUUCUGAAGCUGGCAGGAGACGGGAAGGAGGACUUGUUAGCUAAGAUACCAGGUGGCCUUGGCGGCAUGUUGGGCGCUGAAUCCAAAGAGGAAGAAAAACCAGCGGACGCUGCUAAAGAAGCUGCUGAAGAUGCUGCAGACGCUGCCAAAACUGCGCUCGCAUCUAUUUUUUAA